UCUGCGACAUGAUUGGCCAAUAUUUUCUUUUUCUUUUUUUUUUUUUCCUUCUCCCCAAUUACUAAUCCUCGAACGGAGGGUGGGGUCUCAAUCACCUCUCAAUUGUUCACACUUCUCACCAAAUCACAACAUCAUCACUGAAUCUAUCAGUCGUUGAAGAUGGUUCUGUCAAAGACAACAUCGGGGGCGAGCGAUGUAUCCGUCCACUCAACCUUCGCUUCUCGAUACGUCCGAACACCGCUUCCUAGGUUCAAAAUGCCGGAAAAUUCAAUACCAAAGGAAGCGGCAUCGCAGAUAAUAAAUGACGAGUUGAUGCUGGAUGGGAAUCCAAGGCUGAAUUUGGCGUCGUUCGUGACAACGUGGAUGGAGCCAGAGUGCGAUAAGCUCAUCAUGGCUUCCAUUAACAAGAACUAUGUCGAUAUGGAUGAGUACCCUGUCACCACCGAACUCCAGAACCGGUGUGUAAACAUGAUAGCAGAUUUAUUUCAUGCACCACUGGGAGACGGAGAGGCUGCAGUAGGAGUGGGAACAGUUGGAUCAUCGGAGGCAAUAAUGCUGGCUGGUUUAGCAUUCAAGAGAAAGUGGCAGAACAAGAUGAAAGCUCUUGGCAAACCCUAUGAUAAUCCCAACAUUGUCACCGGUGCCAAUGUUCAGGUAUGUUGGGAGAAAUUUGCAAGGUAUUUUGAAGUGGAGUUGAAGGAGGUGAAGCUGAGGGAAGGGUACUAUGUGAUGGACCCAACUAAAGCUGUGGAGAUGGUUGAUGAGAACACUAUCUGUGUUGCUGCUAUUUUGGGUUCCACACUAAAUGGAGAAUUCGAGGACGUUAAGCUCUUGAAUGACCUCUUGACAGAGAAGAACAAACAAACAGGAUGGGAUACACCAAUACAUGUAGAUGCAGCAAGUGGUGGAUUCAUAGCACCAUUCUUGUACCCGGAGCUGGAGUGGGAUUUCAGGCUGGAACUGGUGAAGAGUAUAAAUGUUAGCGGACACAAGUAUGGACUUGUGUAUGCAGGUAUUGGUUGGUGCAUUUGGAGGAGCAAAGAGAACUUGCCUGAUGAACUCAUCUUUCAUAUCAACUAUCUUGGAGCUGAUCAACCCACUUUUACCCUCAACUUCUCCAAAGGUUCUAGUCAAGUAAUUGCUCAGUACUAUCAACUCAUUCGCUUGGGUUUUGAGGGAUACAAGAACAUAAUGGAGAAUUGCCAAGAAAAUGCAAUGAUGCUUAAAGAAGGAUUGGAGAAGACAGGACGGUUCGACAUAGUGUCCAAGGACAAUGGAGUCCCACUAGUGGCCUUCUCACUGAAAGACAACAGCUGUCACAACGAAUUCGAAGUGUCAGACUUGUUGCGCCGCUUUGGAUGGAUCGUCCCCGCCUACACCAUGCCCCCCGACGCCCAACACAUAACCGUGCUGCGAGUUGUCAUUAGGGAAGACUUCUCGCGCACCCUUGCAGAGCGCCUUGUUAGUGACAUCCAGAAAGUCUUGCUCGAGCUAGAUAGCCUCCCUGCAAGGGUUAGUGCCAAGAUGGCUGUAGUCCAAGAGUCAGUUGUCAAGAAAACUGAUCUUGAGGUGCAGAGGGAGAUCACUGAUGCUUGGAAAAGGUUUGUCCUCAGUAGGAAGAAGACUAAUGGUGUUUGCUAAUUAAUUGAUUGAAGAGAAAUGGCUUUGAAGGCCACUGUCAUAGACCUUGGUGGUUCUUUAUUAUUGUUUUAUUACCACCUAUGUAUUUGGUUUGUCUGGCUUUUAUGGGUUGCCAAGUCCUGAGUUGUUUGAAGUGUUUUAUGAAGGGGAGACUAUAUGUAGACGUGUAGUGUACAACUUAAUUUAUGGAAUGUUGUGCCCUGCCUUAUUUUUGUUUUAAAACGUUCAAAUAUGCUGAAAAAUUUGCUUCAUAAAAA